AUGGCGGCCAACUUACGCUUCUUGAUGUCAUCGGUAAUUGUCUGCAUGAUAAAGUCUUCGCUCUCGAUAGUGACAGCCAGGGACCUGAAUGCUGAAGAUUAUGAUGAUCUUUCGCAAGGGAUUACCAACGCUACUUUCUUGGACGAGGAAGAGGAUGAAACGCGGUUGUGGAAAGCGCACGGAUGGCUCAUGGCCGCGGCCUGGGGUGUAAUGGUACCGCUCGCUGUCGGUGCCAGUCUCCUGCGAUCCUGGUUGCCAGAAGGACUAUGGUUUCGUCUGCAUCUAGCAUUGAAUGCGAUUGCCAUGUUUUGUGUGUUUGCUGGUUUCGGUAUCGCGGUGCAUGUCUUCAGCGACAAUAACGAGAAACAUUUCGUGGAAUUCCAACACAGAAAGAUGGAUCUGGUUGUCUUUUUGUUGGCCGUUUUGCAGCUCGUGGGGGUUAUUGUCCGACCGGGAUUACCCAAACCAAAUCCCAGUGAUGCAACCACAUCCGUUCCAGAUAACAUUGAUACUGUUGGCAAAGAGGAGACCCUGCCAAUGCCCCCAACCAAGAAGAGCCUGUUCCGGUCGAUUUGGGAAUACACACAUCGAGUCUUGGGCAUUGGAGGUCUCGCCCUCGCGUGGUGGACUUGUUACCCUUUGUUUACAAUUUACACGGCAGCCUUUUGGGGUGUCACUGGUGGACUAGCUAGCGUAAUUGCCAUUUUGACCGUUUUUGCCAAGUUUGGUGGCUCAAAGUGAGGUCCCUAUUGCCCUUGGGAAUCUAUGCCUCUGAGGCCAAGUUUGUUGAGCGAGGAACGCGUCACGGCUGUUCCGGGCCUUGGUAUUUUCUCCCUCAUUGUGGAACAUU